AUGAGACUGAACAGACUCGUGUUCCCCGACAACUCCAAGAUUGAGACAUUCUCCCAGACGCAACGUCAAGUUAUCGUCAACCAGAACCCUAACCCGCUCCCGGCAAGCCAUGUCGUCGGCUCAACGGGACAGCCGUUCGUUCAGCUUUCGCGCAACUCCUUCACCAUUCAAACGAAUGGAGCCACCGACCUGGUGGGCGCUCAGAUCGAGCUGCCCAUUGAUCAAAACAUGCUGCAAACGGCUGGCGUGACUGCCGACAACACCUUCGUCGCCAUGCUUUCUCGGGACCGCCAGGCUUGGAUCAUCAUGGAGGGCAUCAAGAGCGUCAACAUCACCGACGCGACCGUCCGCAUGGUCAAGAUGAACCAAAUCGAUGGCGAGUACGUCGCCGUCGGCCGCCAGACGUCCGAGCUUGGCACUUCUCUGACUCCGUUCGGCCAGCCCGUCAGCAUCGCUGGAUCUGGCAUCCAAGAGGCUGAAUUCACAGACGGGUUCCGCAUGUCCAUCAGGGCGAGCCAGCCGAUGAGCAUCAAGACCGAUGUUGUCAACGGUAUCAGCACCGACAUGGUCACCAACGGUAUCAUGUCCAUCAACAACUACCGCUACCUCGUCACCAGCAACCUGGCUGGCGUUGUCCCUAGUCUCAACUCGAUGACCGCUGUUGUCCAGAUGCCGCUCAACGUUGACCGACUCAUGGCCAUGGCCAUGCGCGCGGGCGCUCAGCCCCAGUCGUCCAUCACCCUUGGCAUUGCCCAGCGUCCCGUUCUCCAGAACCCCGGUGGCGCUACCGGUGGUCUCCAGGCUCCUCGUCAAAAGCGUCAAGAUGUGAACAACGGCACUGCCAGUGGUAACCAGCCUCAAACCGGCGCUGCUCCCAAUGGCGCUGGUGCUGCCAACGGUGCUGCUCCCGCAGCUGGAAACCCGAACCAAGGAGGAAACCAGGGAGGAAACCAGGGAGGCAACACCAAUCAGCCUCCUCAGGGAAACACCCCUACCCAGGGACAAAACCCUGGUAAUAACGCCGGUCCCGCGAUCCCGGCAGCUACUCAGCUUCUGCUUGCUCAGACCUUCAGCCCCAUCAACGCCCAGGUUCUCCUCGACCGAGAGAACGCUCGUAUCGCUGUGCCUGUCAACCAGAUCGAUGGUGAGUUCAUCCUCACGAUGAUGGUUGGUGGUACUCCCGUCGGUACCCAGCCUCAACCUCCUCAGCAAGGAGGUCAGCAGGGAGGUAUCAACGGCCAGCCUCAAAACGGUGGUGGUCUCGGUGGACAGCCCCAGACCGGUGGAUUGGGUUCGCCUCAGACUGCCCAGCCUCAAACUCCUCGACCUGCUACCCCGGCCCAGCCCCGGCCCGCGCAGCCCCAGCAACCCGCUGCCGAGCCUCAGCAACCCGCACCUGCGGUCCCCGCGGCCGAGCCUGCUCCUCAAGUUCCGGCUCCUCAGGCGCCUCAAGAACCCAGACCGGCAGCUCCUCCCCAGCCGGCUCCCGCAGUUCCCGCACCCGCACCCGCGGCACCCCCUGCUCAACUUCCUCCUGCUCCUCCUGCCCAGGCUCCAGCUCCCCAGGCUCCCCAGGCUCAGCCGAACCCCAACGGCCCUCCCACCGGAGGUGCCAUCACCGGCAACCAGCCCGGCCCUGGCGGCGGCGCCAUUACCGGAGGCAAGCCGAACACUCCUCCUCCUCAGCCCGGUCGCCCUGCUCGCAGAGCCGACGUUCCCCCUACCGGCGCGAUGGGCUUCGAGAUGAAGAUGUCGGACCUGAUGGCGAUGGCCGAGUCCAAGAAGAACGGCGGCGUCAUGGCUACGUGGGAGAUGAUGACCAACUUUGCGGCGCAACAAAAGGUCGAGGAGCAGCCCAAGCCCGCUCCCAGGAGAAGGUCGUUCCCGAAAUCGGUUCCCGUUGACCUCGCGGCAGCGUUCAACAACAAAGCCUUCGGCACGCAACCCGGCGAAGCAUCCUUCGACGCUCUGAACCAGUCCUUCCCCAGGCCAUCUAUCGGCCCCGACUUCACCUCGACCGACACGGGCAUCAAGUACAGCUUCCCCGGAUACACCGGGCCCACGGAACCCGACAACCUCAUCUGCGCCGGCCAAACGGUUUCUGUGCCGGCGGAUGCUUACUUCUCCGCCUCAUUCCUCGUUGCCGGCGAUGUCGAGGGCGCGACGGUCAGCGGAAAUGUGUCGUUCACAUACUCAGACAACACCACGUCCGAGUACGAGCUUCGCACGCUCAAUUGGUUCAGCUUCCUGACCAUCAACCGGGGCGAGAUCAUCUUCCCUAGCCGCUUCACGCCCAACGGCUCCGACUUCAACACAUCUCACAUAUUCGAGCGCACAACGGCUCUCGCGGCUGGGAAGAAGCUCAGCUCCAUCACCCUCCCGGUUAAGACCAACACGACAGAGGGCAGACUGCACGUCUUCUCUAUUUCCCUUUGGAAGUCGACCGAUGUUGGUGUGCAGUCGGUGCGACCGACCCAGAAAUGGGUCGGAAACGGGACGCAGGUGGUCGAGGUCACCAUCAACAACGCCGGCUCGCAAUGCGUGGCUGGUGACGGCCUCAACAUCACACUCUCUGGCGAUGGAUUCACCACCGUGAGCCCCGGACACCUCAAGCGGCUUUGCCCAGGCGACCAGAAAUUGGUUGUUGUUGGCGUUGAGGGCUCGUCCAGUGGACCGGCGACCAUCAACAUCGAGAUCGAUGACGGAGCCACGCGCAAGACGACCUCGGUCGACGAUGUUGAUAUCGGGUUGACGGAGUGGACAACCGAUUCCGAAAGCCUGUCUAAACACGAGAGCCCUGACUGGUUUGAUGAGGCCAAGUACGGUAUCUUCAUCCACUGGGGUCCGUACUCCGUCACCGGCUGGGGUAACUCGACGCCUUACGAAAGUUAUGCCGAAUGGUUCUGGUGGUACUCGACGCACCAUCCCGAGGGCGACCGCUCCAAUUUCUAUGGUUAUCGUCUCGACACAUACGGCCCUGACUGGGCGUACGAUGAUACGUUCCCCGAGUUCAAUGCCUCAAAGUUCGACGCGAAGGAAUGGGUUGACCUCUUCGCUGAUGCGGGCGCCAAGUACUUCGUGAUCACCACCAAGCACCACGACGGCUUCGCCAUCUUUGACGCGGGUGAGACUUCGAACCGAUCCGCAAUCCAUUACGGGCCCAAACGGGAUCUUCUGAAGGAGCUCUUUGAUGCCGCGGAGACAUAUCAGCCAUCCCUCAAGAGAGGAACGUACUUUUCCCUGCCGGAAUGGUUCAAUCCCGACUUCGGCCCUUACGGCUUCGUCCAAUUCCCGACGCCUUCGGCCGUCUCUUGGCCCGGCACCCUCGCGCCGAACCCAUACACCGGCGAGCCGGAGCCGUACACCGGUCAUGUCCCCGUGAACGAUUUCAUCGCGGACUUGAUGGUCCCGCAGAUGGAAACGCUCGCGUACGACUACGGCACCGAUAUUAUGUGGUGCGACUGCGGCGCGGCCAACGGCACGGCAGGCUUCGCGGCGGAGUGGUGGAACAAGGCACGCGCCGAGGGCCGCCAGGUCGCGAUCAACUCUCGUUGCGGCAUACCCGAGGCAGCCGACUUCGACACGCCGGAGUACCAGACCUUCGCGUCGGCGCAGAGUCGCAAGUGGGAGUCGAACCGGGGCAUGGAUCCCUACUCUUACGGCUACAACCGCGCGACGAAGCCCGAGGAGUACAUGAACGCGACCACGAUCGUGUAUUCGCUUGUGGACAUGGUGUCGAAGAAUGGAAACUUCUUGCUGGACAUCGGGCCCAGGGCAGACGGGACCAUCGUCCAGGCCGAGAUGGAUAACCUGCGCGAGGCGGGCAAAUGGAUCAAGGCUCAUGGCGAGGCGAUCUUCAACACCACGUACUGGUUCGUGCAGAGCGAGAUCGUCGGGGGUCCGGAUGUGCGGUUCACGCAGACGGACGAUGCGUUUUACACCAUCUUCUUGGAGAAGCCCACGGUUGCCAACGGCUGGGUCGCGGUUGAAGCGCCGGUUCCCAUCAUUGAGGGAGACAUUGUCAGCUUGCUCGGCGUCGAGGGUGCGGGCGAGCUUGAAUGGAAAUUGAGUGACGCUGCGUUGGAGGUGAAGAUUGACGAGGAACUGAUUGACGCGGACGACUUUGGCUGGGUAUUCAAGGUUCUUUAUGUGUCAUGA